CGUUGUUAUUGCUCUCAUGUUAUGAACACGUGCCUAUCAGUGUAACAUAAAUGUAAAGUAUAUUCUUUCUCACUGCAGAACCGAUGGAUAAUAUAAUUUAAUUAUAUUAUUUGUACAGAAAAAGUGAAGUAUUGUUUUACUGACACUUCGUGAUAUAUAGUUAUUUCAUUCGUAAAUAGUGAAUAAUAGCCCAUAGAAGGGACUGAAAAUUUGUCAUGUAUAUUUAUGUAUACAUAUUUAUAUACACCUAUAUAUUUUUUAAAGUCUUGAAACAUUUUUUUACUUAAAUAAAUGGUACUUUGCAUUAUACGGAUUUUGAGAAAUGAUGCUCUUCAUUAUUUUAAUGAAUUGAAAUUACUUUUCUGCAAUUGUUUUUUAUAAAGAUUAGUGUAAUGUGAACUCUACCGAGCUAUUCUUAUUAUUAUUUGUGUGUUCCGAGUGACAACAAGUAAAAUUCAAACAUGAAGCGAGGUCCAUAUAAAUCAUACUUGCGUCCAGAUAGUGACGGCAUUAUGCCUCGAUCAACUUUUUAUGGAAAAUUAAAGAAGUAUCAGUGUGAUCUUAAUAUCGAAAACUUUUUGUUUGGAUGUACUAUAUAUCACAAAUGUAGAAAAUCAAACCUGUAAUCAAAACGCUGGGGAUAAUAAUACCAACGCAAAUGACCCAUUUCCUGUCAAUCGAUUUUCCAAUGAUACCAACACAUUUUCAAUUGAAUCUGCGGCUGAAACUGAUACUCUUUUCAGUCAUCAACUAGCCUUAACCACCAUACAUUCGGUAUCAAAUUCAUGGCUGUAUGAAGAUUAUGAUGAAGAAUCUUUACAUCAAGAAAUCUGGUUUGACGCCGAAGAUUCAACAACGAUAGGUGAUUUUUAUGAGGAUUAUAAUAACGAACCUAGUCAGCAAGAAGAGAAGGAGGAAGAUAGAAAUGAUAGUUACAAUAAACCAGUUUGUAAGUGUUCGACAAUCACACGAGGUGAAGCUUUAAUAAUGACACUAGCAUUAGGAGCUGAAGAAUCCCUUACAUGGAAAACUAUUAUUUCCAUCUUAUCAAUGAUUAGUACGUUACUCCAAAAUAACGUGGUUCCUGCUUCUAAAUAUAAAUUAUUUAAAACUUUAAAACUCAACGAAAAUAUUCUUGUAUAUCAUGUGUACUGUGAUGAAUGUCAUUAUUAUUUCGGUGCUCGAAACAAACUUAAUAAAGGCGAGUUUCAGUGCAAAGUUUGUGACAAUAAUGAGAAAUCGCCAGAAACUUGUUAUUUUUUAACGUUUGAUGUCUCUCUGCAGUUAAAAUCCAUACUAGAAGAUCAAGAAGUUCAGAAAGAUUUAAUGAAGAAUCUUCAAAACAAGGAAGAUAAUUGCAAUCACAAUGACCUUCGAAGUAUGAGUGAUGGUGAAAUAUAUAAAGAAUUAUCCAUGGCAGACAAACCUUUUUCAGAAGAAUAUAAUUUUUCAUAUACUUUCAACACUGAUGGUUGUCAACCAUCGAAAUCAAGCAAGCUUUCGAUCUGGCCCAUAUAUGCUUGCAUUAAUGAGCUAUCUCCAAAACUUCAGUCCAAACACAUGAUAAUGACGGGCCUAUGGGUUGAUAAAAAAGAACCAGAUAUGCUUCUUUUUCUACAACCAUUCGUCGAUGAAGCAAAUAAAUUAUCUGAGGAAGGUGUCCAAUGGAAAUUACAACAACAGAUAAUAACCAGUAAGUUCAUCCCGAUUUGUGCCGUAGUUGAUUCAGUCGCAAGAUGUAAAAUCUUAAAUAUGAAACAAUAUAAUGGUUCGUAUGGUUGUACAUUCUGCGAACAUCCGGGGAAACGUAUCAAUAACUCCCAAAAAUUUCCUAUGACAAUGAUUGUUCCAACAGAACGAACAGACAAGUCAAUUAAAGAACAAAUGCUACGAGCUGCUGGAAAUGAAUAUGAUAAUGACAUUAUGGGUGUUUGGGGGCCAUCACCAUUAAUGAAUUUAAACCAUUUUAAUAUUGCUGAUGGUAUGUCACCCGAUUACAUGCACGCUGUUUUAUUAGGUGUAAUAAAACAGCAUACUGAAAUUCUGCUAUCUUCAUUCGGUGAAGAUUUUUAUGUGGGUAACCCGAACCAACUCGAAGCAUUAAAUACAAAACGUAAGCUUUAAGCAUCCUACAUGUAUAACUCGAUCUCCAAGGACGCUAGCUGAAAGGGAAAUGUGGAAGGCAACGGAAUGGCGAUCAUGGCUUCUUUUUUAUUCGCUUAUAUGCUUCAAGGGGAUUCUUCCACAAAAAUAUCUAAAUCAUUUAGCUUUAUUGGUGGAAGCUAUCCAUAUUUUGUUAUCUGAAAAAAUUAGUUUUGAUGAACUGGACACGGCAGACGCUUUGAUUUUAAGAUAUGUAGUAACAUAUCAAGACUAUUUUGGUAUGCACGUAAUGACGUAUAAUAUACACUUAUUAUUACAUAUGGUGAAAUGUGUACGAAAAUUAGGGCCUUUGCGACAUCAUAAUACAUUCAUUUUCGAAAAUAAAAAUCAUUUUCUAAUGAAAUUGCAAAAAAGUCCUAAUAAUGUUAUUAUUCAGAUCGCCAGGCGUUAUUUGUUUCAAAAAGCACUAUCACCAUUGAAAAAUGAAAUUAAUACAAGUAAAGAGUUUUUACAAUUUUGUGAAAGAAAUUUAACAGGGCGCUUAAAAAAUACUUUUGAAGUGGAUGGCUGCAUACUAGUCGGAAAGGGUAAAAAAUAUUAUUUAAAUGACAAUGAGCGAAAACUUUUGAACAGAUCAGAUGAAUGUAAAUCAUUUAAUCGAUUUAUCUUUGACAGCAAAAGAUAUACAUCAAAAAGUUAUCACUUUUGUGAAAAAAUAGAUGACUCCGUAGUAUUAUUAAAAAAUGGUCCGAUCGGUGUAAUGAAAAACAUUUGUUACUUCAAUUUACAUGAAAAUGAGAAAAACGUAUACAUUUUUUAUGAAGAAGUUAUAAAAUUGAGGAAAUAUUUACAUUCAUCGAAAUAUGUAACUGUUCAUAAUGUUGAAGAAUGCUUGAUUACGGAAAAUUUACAAUUUUGUGAAGCGAAAAUGAUAUUACAACCAUGUAUGUUAACUACGAUACGAAAUAAGCAUUAUGUAAUUUUUAUACCAACAGGAUGUUAUGGCGAUUGAAGGAAAAACUUUAUGAAUUCAUUAAAUUGAAUAAAAAAAAAUAAAAGAAACAAUUUCUUAUUUGAAAAUAUAUAUAUAGAAAAUAUUGUUCAAGAUACCAGAAAAAAAGUUAUUAAGGAAGUUUAAAUU